GUUUCGGUCCAGCUAGUGGCAUUGAUGUUCUUGUUUUGGGAGCUGAUCUGACAGAACCUUUUGAUCCUGAGAUAUGUAGCGGUGGAGCCCUUCGCAUUCCUGGUAGGGCAUUAGUAUGUGGAUUCCGAUCAAGCAGAUUACGUUCCGUGCACGUUCCUUGAUAAUCGCUUGUUUACAGUUGGUCAGCGUGGCUCAUUCAAACCACCGACCUGAUCUUCCAUUUCUUGUCCAUAUACUCAGCAACAAGCAGCGCCACUGUAGAGACAGCGGACCACCUUCACAGUUUCAACAUCAGGGACAUGCGUAGAACUCAAAAGAGAAAGAGACCCAGGGAAGUCGUGCUGCCAAUCCGAAC